AUGCUGAGAGAUGUCCUUAAGUUUCUUGCCAUCUUUCUCCUUCUCUACUUUGCGUUUGCUACUGGGGUAGCCAAGAUUUACUCGUACUAUGUUGCCUCUCAGAGAGAGCUCCAAAAGCGGGACACCAAAACCGCUGACUACCAACUUUCUCAUCCAUUUGCUUUGUGAGUAUUCCAGAAUAUCUUUGGAUUUUUCUCAAAGAGUGGUUGUCGAGCUAAGUUUCGGUUUCAAACUAUUACUGAACAUCAUUUUGUUUCGUGCUUAAAAUUUAUUUUGAUAACAUGUUGCUUUGAUUGAAUAUUUGAAAUAUUUUCCAAAAUACUGGGUAUUUGUGUUCCCCCUACUACCUUUUAACUCUCCUUUACGAACCCAGAGACGAUCAGGAAUUAUAAACAAACACAGAAACUUUUGAAAAAACUGGAACUGACGACACCUGUUAUAUAUAUUUUAAAGUUGUUUGCCCCUUGCAAAAAUUAAUCAGUCAUCAACUCAUAUUAAUAGAAAAGCCUAGUCCGUGGCUUUAACCUUAAUUUCGAUUAAAAUUAAUUAGAUGAAAUUUCGUUUUCACACCUUUUUUAGACAUACCAACACUUUCAUUAUCUUGUUUUGGUUGCUGUUUAAUGUUGGUGGACAGGAGGAGAGCAUUUCAGUGCAGGAUCAAAACUUCACUCUCACUACCGAAUUUGGUCGCGUAUUUAUGGGAGCCUACGUCAUAUGCACCAUCCUUGUUGCCGUCAACAUGCUGAUAGCUAUGAUGGAGGAAUCAUUCCACAAAAUCAAGGUCAUUUGAAAGGGUUAUUGGUUAAAGGGUUAUUGUCUAUGGUUAACAAACCAGAGACAAAAACUAAAAAGUUGACGCAAAACAACUGACGAAAAUUUAGGAGUCUCUACAAUCACAGUACAAGCUUCUUUUAAAAGUUAAUUUGUUCUUAUUAACUUUUCUGAGUUGAUGAAAUAAAUUGCUCACCGUAAAUUGUUUGAAAAGCUGACGCUUCGAGCGUUAACUCUUCGUCAGAGCGAAACGACGAGUGCGGUGAAGAAAAGCUGACGUUCGGAAAGUCAGCUGUAGAAACUUUUCAGGUGACCAAUUUACAAUAUCAAUUCAGAUAAUAAAACCGAAUUAUAUUAGAAAAAGAUGAUCGCCGAAAUCGUUUAAGAGUCACAGGCAGAAGAAAUAAGUACGUUUAAAAUGCAAGGUACUGGUUCUCCUAAACAAGCUUAGCACAACCCUUUCCCCCCCAACCCCCCCCCUUCCUUCCAAAUUGAAAUUGCUAUUAAUUAAAAACGCUAACAAACUAGUCUGACGAUAAUUUCCUUGCAAGCUUUAGUUAGGGAAAUUUCCCCAACUUCAUAUUGAAAUCACCAACCACUGAGCUCUAGUCUCUGUACAUGAUCCAAGUUGUUGUUGUUUUUUUUUUCAAUGCUCAGUUAAACAUAACCUUUGCGCUUUUUCUCAGAAAAACGCUGUUGUAGAGUGGAAAUUCUCAAGAACCCAAAUGUGGCUGGAAUGGAUUAACAAAGGCAACUCUGUUCCGGUUCCAUUCAAUAUUCCAUACGUCGUUCUGCGCCUUUUCUUUUGGUUUUGGUGCGGCUGUCGUGAAUCACUGUGUUUCAAAUGCGAAGUGGUACGAAAUUAAUUUUAAACUUCACCACCCCUACUUUAGUCUUCUUUUAAUGAUCCAAAUGAAAAUCCUUUGACGUCUAAUUUUGGCCCCCAACGUUUGAGCGUACAGAGACCGACUAGUUCACUUGGCCAGUUGAAAUGGUUUGUCUAACCAUUUAGAGCACGCAUUAAGAAGAGCGUAGUUAGCGAAAUCUUCAACACUCAUUUAGUAUUUUAAAUGUUAUCCUGGUGAAGAAAUCAGUCUAAUUUUUGUUAAAAAAAUUGAGGAAGGAAUUCGAGAAAAAUGAAGAGAUUUUGCGAUGAUUUGGAUGCCCAUUUGAUGGUGAAUAAUAUCCAUGGUUGGUUCGAAUUCAAGAGUCAGCGUGCGUUCAGUCUUACUGCAAUUUGACGUCAUUUAAGAUCCAUUACUGAAAAGACGUAGGUCAAAUGGAAUCUAUUUGUUAACCAUAUAGUGAAUUUAUUACUUUUUUUAUGUUAACAGAAUAACGAAGAAGAAAACACAUGUUGCCGCGGGAACAAAGUCUCAAGAGAAGGUAUUCCAGGAAACAAUUUCGAACGAUGUGACGGCUGCAAGGACUCGGCAACUCCCAAUGAGGUACUCUUCACAAUUUUUUUCUUUGUUUGUUUAUUUGGAAAUAUAUCUGAAGAUGUAACACAUCGUUUAGUAACCAAAGCUGCUAAAAUAAUUGAAAAAUUCAGAGAAUGAUUAAACUAAUUAAUACUCAAAGCUAACCAAUCGACGUUCACGGAAUGAACUCCUCACUUGUGUGGGAUUUGACACUAAAUUAACAAAAAAAAAAAUCUAUUUGGAGCAAAAAUAUGCUUGGAUAUUUAUACACGAUCAAUAAUUAUUCUGAGAGAUGGAGUAAUUUAAGGAACAGAUCUAGAUGUCUCACGACAACUGUACGACCAUAUCUUGGAGCCGAAAAGAUUUUACCGUAUUUAUCAGCCUUCAAGCAUUUUUUUUUAAUCUUUUUCAUUUUUUGAGCGGGAUGAAAAGGUUAGCAUCAAACACUUGUAAAGCAUGAGAAGUGGAUAUUUGAUGGAUUAUAAAUGAAAUUGACAAAUAUUUACCAAAACGGGGGUAAAACGGUGGACAUUUACCGAGCCGCAAAGCUGCGAGGUAAAUAUCCAUCACUUCCACCGACACUGAGGUGAAUAAUUGUUUUAUUAUAUACCACACAGAAACCAAAACAAUACUUUAUAUCUCCCUAUAUACCGGAAAAUGUUAACCUGAACCUUGACGGGCGAUUUUACUUAUUUGGCCGCUUCGAGUUGAAUGGUACUUGCUAAUUACCUCCGAGCUAACCAAUCAGCGCGUUCGAAAAGCACUAUUCACCUGAGUGUUAGAUACUAAGGUGAAAUAUCUGAAUCGAGCGAAAGGAAGUCAAUUUUCUCUAAUCUCCACUCUAUCUAACUGAGAAUCAGAAGGAAAGUAAGGACUUUCAAUCUAAACGAUAGUUUUAACUCAAAGCAACCUUGUUCGAAACAUUCCUAAUGAAGCCUCAGUAGAUGAAUGCUGAAUACACCACGAUCAACAUGAUUAAUGAAGGUAAUAGAACCGAAUGGACUCCAAUUUGGUCUGUAAUCAUACGAGUGAUUAACAAAAUCGGACGACAGCGAAGCGAGAGUCCGAUUUGUCGAUCACGAGUAUUAUUACAGACAGAAUUGGACGACACAAAGUUCUGUUACCAAUUAAUCAUAACUGUUUCAAUUUCCGAAAACAGCAAAUACAUUUAAGACAAAAUAUGUGCAGAAGAGGCAAUGUCAAAGUAAAAAAUUCCUCAACUUUAGAAAUUCCACAAUUUUUUUGGAUAAGAAGUUGUUGCUAUGGUUAUCGUGAUCAAUUCUGUUAUUGGUGGCUUCGACUGGAAGGACUAACUUUGAUUGGCUGCUUCAACUGUCCGAUUACAGUCAACUGUUCGAUCACAACCCUACAGAAUGAUUAGUGAAAAAUAAAGCAGCUAUUGCACAAAUCCCAUGUGAGAUUUUAAUUAUGCAAUUUAUUGGCAAGCUCUUGUGUACUAAAACUAAUGCCAUUUAAUUAUUCCUACGUUUGACUCUUGUCAAUGAAACAGGAACGCCUUGAAGCAUUGAAACCUUUGGUCAUAAAAUAUCUGAAAAAGCACUACGAAGCCAAAUGGAAUGAAUGCAGGGCGGCAACUGCCUGA